AACAGUUUAUAUUUCUGUGAAGACUACUUUGGUUGGCCUGGCAUCGAAACAUUUCUCAACGAUCCUAUGUUGUCGUCCUCAUCGAUGCCGUCAUCGUAUUUCUUGGACUGGGAGGACGAACACAAGGAAACGGCCGCCACUGUUGCAGCCGCCGGGAGCCGCGACGGAGUGGAGAAGUGGUCGCCGGCGGCGCCCAGCAAGAAGCCCAGAAGCAGACAUCAUCGCGGUGGUAGCAAAGCUCAGACAUUGUCAAGAGAGACCAUAUCGAAGUACUUCAAUGUGCCGAUAUCGAAAGCCGCCAAAGAGAUGAACGUUGGGCUGACGCACUUGAAGCGGAGGUGCCGGACGUUGGGCAUCCGCCGCUGGCCCCACCGCAAGCUCGCCAGCCUCCAAACGUUAAUCCACAAUGUCCAGGAGCUGGUGGGGGAAGGAGGAGACGCGGCGGGGAAGGAGGAGGCGGUGGAGGUGCUGGAGAUGGAGAAGAGAAAGAUGGAAGAAAAUCCAGACAUGGAACUUGACGAGACCACUAAAAGGUUGAGGCAAGCUUGUUUCAAGGCUAACUACAGACGGCGGAGGCUCAUCCAAGAAUUUAAUUAGCUAGAUUUAAACUGAUUGAUUUGAUGUUUUUUAAUGAUGAUGAUGUUGUUCAGUUACUCCAUAUUUUGUUGUUUUUUUUUUGGUGGGGCUGACGAGUGACGACAAUGUGUAAGAUUUAAUCUUGGUUUAAUUUUGUACAGUAAUCAGUUAAUUAAUGCGCAAACACGAG